UGGAGUUGAGGGCGCUAUCAUGGCAUCCCGUUCCUGCGAACCCGUCCGCGCCGCCCUCGCCCGGACGUUCGGCUUCCAGACAUUCCGCUCUGAGCGACAAGAGAGCGCGGCUAGAGCCGUGCUGAGAGGUGAUAAGGAUGUCUUUAUCUGCAUGCCAACAGGAGCAGGGAAAUCUCUCUGUUACCAGUUACCGGCUGUACUUGCUGCGGGUGUUACCAUUGUGAUCUCGCCGCUGAUUGCUCUUAUUCAAGACCAGAUUGAGCACAUGAAUGUACUGAAGAUUAGAGCAUGCUCUUUGAAUUCCAAACUGUCCCUUGAGGAGCGAAAAAUGGUCCUUUCUGACUUGAAUUCUGCAAAACCCGACAUCAAACUACUCUACAUCACCCCUGAGAUGGCAGCUUCCAACACCAUGCAUUCCAUCUUUGACUCCCUGCUGGCCCGAAAUCUCCUCUCGUACCUGGUCAUCGAUGAGGCUCAUUGUGUGUCACAGUGGGGGCAUGACUUUCGACCCGAUUACCUCAAACUGGGGUCUUUUCGCAGUAAGGCUCCUGGUAUUCCCUGCGUGGCAUUGACUGCUACAGCCCCUCAGAAAGUGCAAGAUGACAUUGUAGCUGCUCUUCAGCUGAACCAGCCCAUUGCAGUCUUCAAGAGUCCUUGCUUCAGAGCUAAUCUAUUCUACGAUAUUGUCUUCAAAGAGAUUUUGAAUGAUCCCUACAUCAAUCUGAAGGCAUUCUGUGAAAAGACUCUGGGACAGAAGGACUCUGCAGGGCAAUUUGAUGGCUGUGGCAUAGUAUACUGUCGGACCAGGGAUGGGUGUCAAGAGGUGGCAGAGGAACUAACACGCAGGGGGUUGGAAGCCAAGGCUUACCAUGCAGGGCUUAAGAAUUCAGAACGCACUGUGGUGCAGGAGGAGUGGAUGGAAGGCAAAGUACCUGUGAUCGUGGCAACCAUCAGCUUUGGGAUGGGUGUGGACAAGGCUAAUGUCAGAUUUGUUGCCCAUUGGAAUCUUGCAAAAUCAAUGGCUGCUUAUUACCAAGAAUCUGGGCGAGCAGGGAGAGAUGGGAAACCCUCAUUUUGCCGUAUUUAUUACUCGAGGAUAGAUCGGGAGAACAUCAGUUUCCUGAUCAAGAAAGAGAUUGCUCAGAAGCAGAGCAAGAGAGGAUCUGUGAGGAGUUUUGACAAAUCCUCCCUGGUGGGCUUUGAGACUCUGGUUUCCUUCUGUGAGCAGCCAGGGUGUCGACAUGCAGCCAUUGCCAAGUAUUUUGGAGAUGAGGUCCCAGCCUGUAAUCGAGCCUGUGAUUACUGCAAGAAUCCAGAGAUUGUGAUGAGACAGUUGGAUUCCCUUCAGAGAUUCGAAAUCAGCAAAGCUCAGACAUCUGUUAAAAUGCCAACAUCCCAGGGGCCUUUUGGGUACAUCCAUGAUCUGUAUGAAGGAGGAAGAAAGGGCUAUGGCUUUGAAAGAUAUGAUAAUGAAGAUGUUGAUAAUGAAUCAGAUGGAGAAAGUGAGUCCAGAAAAAAAGAGUGGAAUGCAUUUUUUCAGAAACAGAUGAAACUGCGGAAGAAUGGAGAGUCUGAAAAGGAUAACUUUGUACCACCUGAUCCUGACUGUCCCCUCCGAGAUGCAGCUAAUCGGAAAAUACCCAAGUUGUCUGUCAAGGCACGUGAACACUGUCUCCACAUGCUGGAGGAGGCACUGACCAAGAAUAAACAGCAUGGAAUUACAAAGCCAGAGUGGGCAGACCCUCACUCAUGUGCUGUAGAAAUGGAAUAUGAUGCUUUCAAAAUGAGCAAGAUGGCUAACUUGUACAAAGCACUAAUGCUAAAAAAGGUUGGAGAAAUUAAUAAGUCAAUGCAAAAUAAUCCUUUGCAUUCAAAACUGACAGAAAUGGACACUACAGUAGCAACAACAGAUUGUGAAAAAGAUGGUGAAACAUUUAUUUCCGCAUCACAGCUCUAUUCUUUCAAACGAAAGCGUGUUGGAGUUGGAGGUCAGAUUUCAUCCAGCCCAUUCCGAACCGCAGGAGAGAUGCUGAAGAACUCAGUGCAAGUGAGCAGUGUGCAGAAGAAUAGCACUAGCUCAGAGACCCCAAUACACCAAUCAGAUGGAACCAGAAAGAAAGAAGAUACAAGAUCUCUAGAAGUCACAAAACCCUCUGCACACUAUAAUGAGAGGACAGAUCAGUGCUCCCCUCUCCAGUCUAGUCCCAGCAAGAGGAAACCCACUAAAAAGCGAUUGCUGGCAGAGAGUGCCAAGAAAGAUUCUCAGAAUAUUACCAAAUUCUUUCAGCAGAGCAAAUCUAAAGGGGCAACAAGGGCUUCAGUCAAAAUCCUUGGUGGGGACUGCAGUACUAUUGUUAAUGAUGCACUGGAAGAAGAGAACAACAGGAAAGCAUACUCUUCCACUUUGGCCUUGUCUGGGGAGCUGGGAGCUCUUCCAGAUCUUGAUAAAGUGACGAAGACUGUAAAUGUGGACAAGGUCCAAAAAUGUGUGACGACCCACGACGUGGAAGAGAAGACAAGAGUUGGAAACAUAGAGAAAGCUCCUGAUGGGAAAAUACUGAAUGAUGCAAGAAGCCGAGGAUUUGAAAUUGCUCCCUCUGCUCCUGAGAAACGACCAGCAACAGAUGAAGGACGAGGGUCACAGGACUUGAAACGACAACGAAAUAGCAUCAAUUCCUCUAUCUUGUGCCCUCCUGAUGUUAAGGGCAGUCAAAAUAAGAAAAAGGUGACGUUUGACUCCUUGUUUCAGUUAUGUAAAGAUGAGAGAACCACAAUGUCUCCAGUUCCAGUGAAAGGAGGACAACUGAAACAGACAGCAGACAUCGUCGUCAAAUGCCUGACUCCUUAUUACAAGGAGGGAAGGUUUGCUUCUAAGGAUUUGUUCAAAGCCUUUGCUCGACACCUUUCUCAUUUACUGGUUGUUGAAAAGAAUACUGUGAAAAGAAAUGUAAAAGAAGAAGCUCAAGAUCUAAUCCACAAUUUCUUUAAAAGCUGCAGGAGGUGUGAGAAUGAGGAUGAUUGGAGAAACCUCAAAUUAACAUAGCUAUUCUUUUUAUUUGAUGCUGUCUGAAACUAUGGGCUUUGUGUUUAUAUUUAGUUUAUUACGUGUAGAAAAGUUAAUAUGUGACUGAUGCUUUAAAAAUGUUUAAUCUCAGGUAAGACAAUAUCCAUCUGGAAUGAUUGAUGAUUGGAAACAAGCCAUUUAACAGCCUUUUCUAUGCAGCCUCUUUAUUCUCCAUGCUGAUGAAUGAGAAUGAAGUAAUUUAUUUUAUAGGACGGUUAUUGUUCUGUGUAAUUAAUGAUGAUUUUGGAACAACUUCACUUGAAUAAAAUUUCUCUGAACAAUUCUGUUAUCUUGAUCCAUUGUGUGAUGCUGCUAUUAACCUCAGCUCAGACACAACAAAGGAUAGGUUUACAGAAGUGCAAAUACCCUUUUUUAAAUAAUAUUUUUAUCUCAAAAUGAAUUACAAAUAGGAUCUUGAUUUAAUAUUCCAGUCAAAGGAAUACACCCCCUUCAAUAUAACCUUCAGUCUGGGUUACACGGUGGCAGCAUCAAGCUAGGCAGUGUAAUAAAGCAAAGAGAAUUUACUUAAAGGACUCCAUGUCUUACCAGCUUUUCAAAAUUAAGCUGCUGCCUAUCCUUUGGGUUGGAAUCGCCUUUGUGCUGUCAAAUGUUAACAUAUUAGAGAAGACCCAUGGACUUUAGAGCUUGGUAACAGUACCUCCUUUCAUAGUAAUUAAUAAUUCCUGGUUGUCUCCUUAUUUUUUGAGUAUGUCCAAGCUGUAAAUUGUCUUAUCUACUGUGUGCUCUCUCAAGUCUGAAAAGCCUGAUAUGAGAUCGGCAGAACUGCUUGUUUAUAUGUUAUCGGUGCUUGAGAGUUCUUCUGCUGUUGUGUGAUUCUGACCUUCCUCUGACGCGUUGGAUUUUGAGAGUUUUGGAGCUUGUGGUCCUCAAAACAUGCUGGACCAAAUUUAAUUGCUUCCUUCAGUGUCUUCAGUAUUUUUAAGCUCCUUAUCAGUCAAUGUAAAAUGCUGGUUUGAGGCAGGAACUCUUGAUGCCAAAAUGUGCCCUGACUCAAUUCUGGAUUGGAUAUUAGGGAGCGUGAUGUUAGUUUCUGACAUAUGUCACUCCUAUUUGGUUGUGACAGAUUGUUGUAAAAAUUGUUAAUCUGUUCAAGAUUAAAAAUGCCACAAUGUUCAAUAAACAA